CAUCAAUUUUCAAUAUUUUAAUUCAGUAGUACUUGUUUGUUGGUUUUAUGUGAUCAUUAGACACGAUGGGCUUAUUGGGUGGCAUAACGAUUGUAUUAUUAGUGCAAUUAAUUCAGAUAAAUGCACAGUACGGUGGUGGAGGAGGAGGAGGAUAUGGUGGUGGUAGGGGUGGCUAUGGUGGGGGCUAUGGUGGGGAAGGCUAUGGCGGUGGUGGCUAUGGAUAUGGGGAAAAGAAAUUCCUGAAACCAGCCGUAAUUAAGCCGCCGAUAAUACCGUACGUCAAACCAGUGGUAACAUCCUAUCAGAAAUAUCCGAGUUUUGGCGGUUACGGUCACGGUUACGGUGGCUAUGGACAUGGAGGCAAAGUUAUACCGAUUACCAAACUAACCGAAUUUCAGCCCAAGUUCGAUAUAACACCGUUUAUUAAGUCCUACGAAGGGGCACACCUACUACAGAAACACCAUAAGCCCGAACUGAUCGUCAAGAAUGCGCCGCCGGUUUUCAUCAGACAGCCGCCCAUCGAAAAGACAAUCAUCCAGAAUGUAUACGUCAAACAGCCGGUUAUUGUUAAGGAACAGCCGGUAAUUCAUAAGGAAAAAGAGAUUAUUGUCAAGAAAAAGCCGGCCAUCGUUAAGAUCAACGAAAAAGCGCCGGUAGAUGUCAAAGAUUUCGGACAGACAGCAGUGGUCAAGGGUGUAAAGUCUGAAUACGGCGGUGGCGGCGGUAAAUAUGAGGGCGGCGAAGGUUUCGGUGGUGAAGGAGGACGCGGUGGCGGCGAAGGUUUUGGCGGCGGUCGCGGCGGUGGCGAAGGUUUCGGUGGUGAAGGAGGACGCGGUGGUGAAGGCAAACGCGGCGGCGGUGAAGGCGGUCGGGAGGGUUAUGGAGGUGGCAGAGAGGAAAUCCAAUAGAUAAUUAGUGAUUCAAUUGAUUCAAUUGGUGAUUGGAUCAGUUUAUAUUUAUUUAUUGUUUUUUUCUGUUUAUUUAUUUAAAUUAAACUAAUUAAUUAAUUAAUUAGUUUGUUUGUACCGUUGAUUUUACAAUAAUAUUACUACUAAUAAUAAA